AUGAAGAUCGAGGAUAUAAAGGCAAAGGCACAAAGGAAGUGGAAUCUAGGUGUCAACGAGACUAAGGCAAUAAGAGCAAGAUUUAAAGGUAGAGAUAUGGUUGGUGGUUCUUUCUUAGGGGAUUACACUAGAAUAUAUGCAUAUUGUCAUGAACUGUUAAGAGCAAACCCAGGGUCACAUACACAUUCAUUUCAGAUCAAUAAAAGGACAACUAACAAGUGUGAUGUUGUUCUCAAUAACAUGUCAAAAGCUUUCAAUAGUGUUAUUCUUGAGUCAAGGUCAAAUCCAUUAGUGACUAUGUUGGAAGAGAUCGGAACAUAUUGUAUGGAAAUAUGGGGAAACAACAGGGUGAGAUUUCAAAACUUGGCUGAUGAUGUUUUGCUUAAUAUUAGAAGGAAGGUUGAGAGAACAAAUAGUAACACCAACUUAUGGAUGGUCAGGAUAUCUGAUGAACACAUCUUUGAAGUAAAGCAUGUUGUAAAUCCAGCAGAAAUGUGGGAACUCACAGGACUGCCUUGUGUUUAUGAAUUGUCAUCUACAAAGAGUAGGAACUUCAAGGUUGAUGAUUAUAUCCCUGGCUAUUACAAAAAAUCAAGGUACAUGUCAGUCUACAAACAUGUAAUUUAUCCUAUAAAUGGAUCAAACCUAUGGGUUAGGACACAAUAUCCAUAUGUGAAACCACCUAAGUAUAAAAAAAUGCUUGGUAGACCAAAGAAGAAAAGGAAUAUUAAACAAAGAGAUAUUGAUGGGAUUGGCAGGAAAAUAAGGAGAACAGGGUUAAUUGCCAAGUGCAGUAGGUGCAAGUAG